GUAAAACCACAUAGCAUCAUAACAAAACCACGAUCGCGUUGGAGAGAGUCGCACCGCGUACUGGCGAAAAGGGAAGCUGCGAUGCGUUAAUAAUUGAUCGCCGUGAACGUGGGACGUUUCAGAGGGGAGCUUUCCAUGUGAUCCAGCGCGUGGCUUUAUGAGAGCAGCUGCAGUCCCCUUCAUAGACACACUCACUGCCUCUCUGUGCACCAGAAACAAGGACGUCCUUCUUUUGCCUAGAAACCGGAGAUGUUAGAAACGAGCAUUUAAAUCCUCGCUGCAUCCGCACUGCUGAAGUUUCAUUUCUGGGGAGUUAAUCUGCUUUUUAAGAGCACUGAAAUCGCCAUACAGAUCUGGCGACAAGGGACUACUUGAAAAGCUUAACCUGAAUGUGAUAUUUGGUUGAAGAAGGCAGGAAUAAAAAGCCAUCAAUCAUGAAUUUUGUUAUGAAGCAAGCGUUGGGAGGGGCGACCAAAGACAUGGGCAAAAUGCUGGGGGGCGAGGAGGAAAAGGACCCUGAUGCUGAGAGGAAGGAGGAAGAAAGACAGGAAGCCCUCAGGCAACAGGAAGAAGAGAGAAAGGCAAAGUAUGCAAAAAUGGAAGCAGAGAGAGAAUCGAUUCGACAGGGCAUCAGGGACAAGUAUGGUAUCAAGAAGAAGGAAGAGAAAGAGGCCGAGGCCCAGGCAGCUAUGGAGCAGGCGUCCGAGGGCAGUUUGACCCGUCCCAAGAAAGCAAUCCCUGCCGGGUGUGGCGAUGAAGAAGAGGAAGAGGAAAGCAUUGUGGAUACAGUCAUGAAGUUCCUGCCAGGCCCACUUCAAGAUAUGUUUAAUAAAAAGUAACAGUUUUGAUUCGUCGUAACGAAAGCAUUGUCAUGAAAUCCACUUUCUAUUUCCCCUUUCUCGUAUUUGUUCUAAGAUCUCUGGACUCGAUCCGCGUGCCAACAUCUGUCUUUAACUGAGAGGUUGAAACAUAUGUGACAUUUUUUUAUACAAAUUUUGAAGAAGUGUGUGCACUAGAAAUGUUACAUAUGCAUGCUUACAUUGUUUCUCUGUUGAAAGACAAAUCAAAUGAGUCCAGACCUUAGAGCAAAUAUAUCCUCCAUGCUUCAUUUAUUUUCUUUGUAAAUAGCCAAUGAAAAAAGAACUGUAUGUGAAUACAGAUAAAUAUAUACAUAAAUUGAUAUAUAUCUAUAUAGAUAUAUACGUAUAUAAAAAUAAACACUGACUAAAAGCCAUAACUUUAUCAUGGAGAGAUUUCUCCAGCUCACAUUUUGAUUGUUGCUCCAUGUGCUUUACCUAUAAAAUAGUCUUUAUAAAGUUUUAUUUGACAUCUGUUUAGUGACCUAGUACACAAUUUCAGCCAUCAUGAAUUGUAACAUUUGACUACAGACUGUAAUAUGGAAGAGAACGUAAGUUUACACAUUAUAGCUGAUUGUUUUAUUUUUUUAAGCAUGCUACAAUAUUUCAUUUUGCAGUACACUGUAUCCCAUUUCAUUCAACAUUUUAGGUAAAAUGCAUUGAAAUUUAAGGCAAUAACUUGUUUUGGAUUUUGUUUGGUGUUGGUCCAUACACGUCUCUGUUCUUCCUACAAACUAUAAAUAGACAUGUCCCUCAUUAUACAUCAUACUGUACAUACCAGACUGUGAACGUCUGAAUUUGAUUGAUUAAUAUGGAAUCAGAUAUAUAUGUUAACCAGAUCGAGUAAAACAGCAAAGCUUGGUGUUACUACAAAUUGACUUCCUUGUGCUUUUGCAGUAAUGCAGAAUGUUAUGGGUGACAUACAACCACAAUUGGAUCAAUAGGGCUAUAUAUUAAUAUCUUCAUUGCUUUCAUUGCUGUACGAUAAAUCGAAGUAUUUAGUGUCUACAUUUAUUUACGUUAGCACUCACAAUGCGUUUGUGAGCAAACGUUACGUAAACAGACAGUGACAAUGGUGCAAUAUUUGUUUCGGAAUGAAGAUGUCCUGUGUCGGUUGGUUGAAUAUGGGCAACUGAACCCAGAUCAGCAAUAACAGACAAUCUUCAUGAGUAUAUAUAUAUAUAUUCAGCUUAUUUGCUUGAGAAUGUUUGUGUGCAAACGCGAUGUUGUCUUCCUAGUUUCAGUCGACGAAAUGAGCUUAGUAAACGGAGUGGAGGAUGAUGUUGCCGAUUUUUGUAUUAUUUAUUAUAAGGUCAGCGUGGGUCACUGCGUCCCUAAAUAGAGACGGGCUCUCUCUCUCUCUCUUUUUUUUUUUGAAGCGGGAACGUGUUGCUGCUUAGCGAUAUAUUUAUCUAGAGCUUUCAAAGUUAACCCAAGUGAUGUUUUUUGUGCAAGUGAAAUGAAAGUUUUCUUGUAAGCGUAUGCGUUGAUGCGUUAACUAACAAAAUAUUGAUCGACAGCUCUACUUAUUAAGCUUGCUUGUUGCUAAUGUAGUUCACGUACGGCGCUGUUUUUGUUGUUUCGAACUGAUAAGAAGGAAAACAGCGGGUCUGAGUUCCUCAUUAAUGAGAAAAUCAGAUUUGGAAGAAUCGGAAUACAAAUGUCUCUUUUUUUCUAAGAUUAAAAGUCAUGGCGUACUUGAAUAAGUAUGGCUUAAGCUGUGAGUAUGGUCCAGCUACUGUAAAUGACCACAACACACAUCACUGUUUGCGUAGAUCACAAGCUCAUCAUAAAAGUUUGUGUUAGUGGCAGAUCAUGGUGUAUGUGUAAAUGUUAAAAUGUCAAAAAUAGGCACAUUUUACUAUUCAGAAAAUGCUAAUUGGGUAUUGCUGCCAGUGUAUAGCUUUGAACAUUCCUGAUAUUCCUGAUAUUCCAGACAUUCCAUCGGGUCCAUGCUGGUCCUAAAUAAUUUAUUGGUUAAUAUUCAGACAUUAUUUCAUGCGAAUAUGAGUGAUAAAACUGUAUUCUGUAAAAAAAACGUAAAAAAAUAAUUUUUAAAAGAGUUUUAUAGCACAUAGUCAAAGUGAUGUCAUAGUGUAGCUAUCUGUCCUGCCAACUACAUACCACAAGCAACAAGAUGUUCAAUAUUUAUUCAUGUUUGUUAAAUGAAUGUGCUUGCAAAUUCAAACCGUGUCCUUUUAAAGCUAAACAGACUAGCCAGUUGCAAAGAUGCUUCAUUUAUGAAAAACUGAAUUAGCAUCUUCCUGAAACUUACUGCCACUGUAGUUACUAUUUCUGUGUUCAUUUGACAACAACUUGUACCACUUUUGGAUAUAUGAGAUUUAGCUGAUACAUUAAAAUAUUAUUUUUAACUAAAUACAUGUGACCUUUGUUCAAAUACAAUUGUAAGAAUAAAAACAAUGUUUAAAAUCCACCACUGAUCCACCAGAUUAAUGUGUACUUUAUAUUAUAUACAGUAGAGGUCAUUUUGGAGCACAAAGAAUGCAUUUAAAUGAUUUUUAGUAAGAAUUAAAAGUCCUCGCCGAUAUGAUGAAUUUUCAUUGGCUGCACUAAUGUUUAAAAACUGCCUGAAGUCCAUGAUGUCACCCAUACCACCAUUGCUUAUGUUUUAUUAAACCAAAGAGGAUUGGUAAGAUUGCAUUUUAUUGUUAUUUUACCAUUAUUUCUCUUUUGUUAAGGUAUUGUAUUUAUUUUUACAUGACUGACUGUGUUUAUCUCUGUUCUAGUGGGGUUUAGGUUUUGUGAAUGCUCUAAGAAAUGUCUUAAAGGGAUAGUUCACCCAAACAUGAAAAUGUAUGAAGUUAUUUUGAUAAAUAAUGGUAACAAUGCAGUUGACAGCACCCAUUGACUUCCAUAAUAUUUUUUCUGUCAACCAUCAUUUCGCAAAAUAUCUUCUUUUGUAUUGAACAUUUUCAUUUUUGGUUGAACUAUCCCUUUGAAGUCUGUGUAAAGUCUGAUACUAAACAUGUUCUCAGUUUGUCACAACGCAUAAAAUGUGUUAUUAACUACCCAGACAAAUUUGCAUAAUAAAAAUGCCAAUUAAAUAAAAAAUGCCAAUCAGGGCUGAAACCCCACCCACUCGUGGGAAAGCUCCACCUCUCUCAACUUUGAAUUACCUUUACGUCCUGAAUGGAUGCUCGCGUCUCGUCGUGUUGGGGGGGCUUGCUCGGUGGCUCCAGUGUGUCAUCAAGUCAAGAUUUUAAUCCCGCCCCAAAAAAUCCUAAACUCAGAAAUGGAGAAAAACUGUUUAAUGACUUUACACAGACUUUAAUUCCAUAGUUUAAAUGCUAUGCUUUGUUUAAUUGAAUACAAAUGGUUUCACCUACUCAGCAAAUGUAUUUUGUUUCAAAGCUGUACCUAUGUAAUGAAAAACAUGACAUCAUCAUUGUAAUAUUUUGAUGCUGGAGAACCGCUAUGUAAUCCACUUUUAAAACUCAAUUCCUGAUCAACAUUUAACAUGCAUUCACUCAAUGUAACUCUCUCUCUCUCAGAUGCUAUAAGAUGAUACUGCCUAACACAGUAACGUGAUGAAAUAUCCCAUUGUUGUUAUCUGAAUGUAUGUGUCUGUUGUCCUAUUGCAUCGUCCUAUGCGGUUUCCUAUGUGUUGAAAAGAGAACUUAUCUCGUUGUAAUUUUUCGUCUGUAAUCUUUCUGUAAGUCUCCUGGUGGUUGUAUUUUGGAAAAAUAUGUUUCUAAUUUGGUGUAUUUUUUUAAAGUUACUGUAAAUUCUCUCACCCACCUUCCUCUCUCUUUGUUGAUGAAUUGUAUGCAUGCAUAUGAUGUGCACUGUACGUGAGGUUGUAAGUGAUAUUUCUGUGUGUCCUCAGUGUUUACCGAGCGCUUCACCUGUUGGCCUCACUGCAUGCAUCUGUUAUAGACAGAUUUUAGACUGUAACAUUCCUGCCAAAUGGAAUCACCACACACGGAUAAUAAAGUGAUUUCAUAUCA